GUACGUGGUAAUUUUCGACAUGCAUGGGAUCAGAUUAGGGCACAUAGCUAGGGUCAGUUUGCCUGCGCUAAGAGCUUUUAUGUUAUACAUUCAGGAAGCACAUCCUGCCAAGUUGAAAGCCGUCCACUGUUUGAACACUGCGAAUUAUAUCAAUCACGUGAUGCGUCUGAUUUCUCCUUUAUUAAGAAAUGAGAUUAUUGGCCUACUACGAUUUCACUCUGGCAGGUUACCGGAAGGGAUUCCUCAGGAAAUUCUUCCAAGAGAGUAUGGAGGAAAUGCACCCUCGAUAGAUGUUCUGGACAAGCAGUGUCACAGUCUGAUAAAUAAAUACGCUGACUGGCUCAUCGAGACGGAACAAUUUAAAGCUGAUGAAACGAAGAGGCCUAAAAAAGCCUCGUGGUGGUCUAUUUUUAGCGGUGGCGGCGGUAACCCUAAUAACUUAGGGUUAAUUGAGAACCAAAGUCCUCUCUCGGUUGAAUUCGACUAGUAAAUUUUCGGCAAAUAUUGUACAUACAAACAUACGAGCAACUAUAAUGUUAAAUGUUAGUUAAAUGGAGGAAGUUAAACUGAAAAAUAGAAUGUCAUUUUUUGCUAUAAGUAAUUAGGUCAUCUUUAUUUUGUUUUUAAUGUAUUUUUUUUGUGAAAUAAUAUUUUUUAUUGUUUGGUUGGAAUAAAAUUU